UAGCGGUCUAGAUGGCAACCCGAGUCCAUUGAGGGUCUUUGGCCGGACCUUCAAUGUCUAGAACACCCCAACGGAUUGUGGCUGCCUGAGAUGCAUGAUAUCUAUGCAGGCAACACCGCAUCUAGAUCCUCAUCGCCGGCAGGCUCUGACCAGCAACGCAAUUCGCGUAACAAUUUACCAAUGACAAACGAUCGGUGACAGUGGUACCUGAUGUAUCGAAUUGAAGACGGGGAUAACCGUGAGGGGAAAACGCACCAUGGCUAGCUGAGAAGCAGGGAGCUGUCGCGAGAGAUAGUGCAAACAAACUGGAAGGGGACCGGAAGCAGUUGACGAUAAAUAUGUGGCCAGACCCUAUUAUUUGGUUUACCAUCCGCCUCAGAUCAGAAUUCAGCAAACCCCUGACUUUCGUCAACAACCACACAAAUAGCCACCUAUACGCCCCUUGGCCACCCAUCACUUCAAAGCCUACAUUAGCUGACCUGCACCAUGGCCACCGCAAUGGACCUCGCUGCCUCAGGUGUUGUUGUCGGCAUGAAGGAGCUCACAGGCGAUGUCCAGGUCCGCGUGGACAUUGACGUGAUGCUCACCGAGCAGCCUGACGCGUUCAACCUCAUGCUGCUGGCUCUGGCUGCCAUGCAAAAGAACCCUGAUGUGAUCAAGAAUAUACCAGGCCUUGAUCAAAAUGAUUUGCUGAGUUACUACUCCAUCGCCGGCAUCCAUGGAUUUCCCAGAGCAGCAUGGGAUGGUGUGGCGAACCAGUUCGAAGCGAACAAGAUGUUUGGGGGUUACUGUCCGCAUGGACGUAUCAUCUUCCCCACUUGGCACCGCCCCUACUUGAUGCUUAUGGAGCAAACCAUCUACCAGAACAUGGUCAAGAUCGCGGGCAAGUUCGAUCCGCCUCACCGGGAGAGAUACCUCAAUGCGGCAAAGGCAUUCCGUCUUCCGUAUCUCGACUACUUCCGAGCACGACAUGGUAGAGGAGUCAUAGUCAGGCGUGCUGGCAUAGACGAAUGGAGACAGUACGAUUUUCGCUUGCCCGAUGUGCUCAACGAGCCUGGCAUCAAGGUCAAGCUGCCACCGCUCGAUACGAUGCAGGAAAUUUCGAACCCGCUAUACUCGUACCAGUUCAAGGAAGGUGGCCAGAUGCCUCAAGCUGACUGGGAUGCGUUGGGAGGAACAUACACAACUGUCCAGACUGUCCGCUGGGCCGCCAAGUCUGCCCCGAACGAGCACAACUUGCCGGCGCUCAAUACCUCGCUAAACAGAGCCAGCCAGAGCGGAAUCACUACCUUCUUUGACCUGAUCCACUCGGCUCCCUAUGACAAGAUAGAAGCCGUCGCCUCGGACAAGCUUGUCGACGGUGACAUGACGGGAAGUGGUUCGAUUGAAGGUUUUCACGGCAACUACCACAUGAAUAUUGGAGGCUAUGUUCAAGUUGACCGGCGGAAUGUCGUCAACCUAGGCCACAUGAGCGAUGUCCCAGUGGCUGCCUUCGAUCCCGUCUUUUGGUUCCACCAUUGCCAGAUUGACCGUAUCUGGGAGCUCUGGCGAGCCUUCCACCCCAAUGCAUGGUUUCCUGAGCCUAGAGACUCGACGAAGCAGUCUGACGCCAAGAAGAACCUCUUGCCCUUUUAUAAGGAGCGCAAGGGCAAAUUCUUCACCUCGGACGACACCAAGGACACCACGGCCCUGGGCUACAUCUACGACGACUUCGUUGGCCCCGCCAAUAAGCUCCUGGAUCGUCUCCAUGCCAAGUACAACUGGAUGAGAGUCAAGCCCAACGACGCCCAAAUCAGAAAGCCCGAGGAUCACAUGAAGCCUCUCUACGACAAAGUCCACGCCUCCUACUUCAUGACGGGCCUCAAGAACCCCAAGACAACCACCAACGGCGUCCCCCGUCCCGUUCCCAGCGGAAGAGGAACCCAUGCACUGACCUCCCUCGUCGCCACACCUGCACCCGCGGCUGCCAAGAUCGACCCAGUUUUUGACCGCGAGUGGUACGUCGACUCAGCGGUGCUGCGGUCGGCGGCCGACGGACCGUUUACCAUUUUCUUUUUCCUCGCGCUCCAGGGCGAGCUCCCCGCCGACGCGGACGCGGCGUCACUGGCCCAGUCGCCGUUCCUGGCCGGCAUCAACCACAUGUUCGUUGCGUCGAGCCGCGCAUGCGACAACUGCGGCAACCUCGAGGCCCUUGGCCACAUGUCGAGCGACACUACGCCUAUUACGCCGCUGCUGCUGACUUACCUUGAUCUUGAGGAUAACGGGUUGGAGAGUCUGAGGCCUGAGCAUGUCAAGCCGUUUUUGGUGAAGUAUCUGAGGUGGAGGGUUGUUUUUAACGGAAAUGAAAUCAAGGAUCCCAGGGAGCUGGCAGAGCAUGCGCAUCUGACCAUUGGUGUCAGCGCAAAGAUAUACCACGACGACGGCUCAAAGACGUACGAGAAGUAUCCCGAGGUUGUGGAUGAGAUCAAGGCCAAUGCCAGUGCCACUGCUGGAGUUCAGUCAAGUUGAUGGUUGCAAGUCCUACUCUGAGAGGCGCUCAAAGCUUAGGUACUUUUGGCUUGGAAAAUCGACAUGUG